GGGUUAAUGAACAGGUUUGCUUCCUGGAUACAUAAAAGGGACGUUACUCUUGGUACUCUACCACUCUGCAUGACAGCCAGUGCUAUUCUGUACAUGCUGAUUUUCUCAAUUCAAUGUCGGGGGGUAAACUCCUGAGGAGCGGAUGAAGAAACACAUUUUGCUUUUAUUCACAUUCAGAGGACUAGUGAGAAAAGGUAAAAGGGGUAAAAGGAGAAAAUGGCCAAGUUUAUAUUACGGAAAGCUGAACCCAAGGAUGUGUCUGAUAUCCUGCGACUCAUAAAGGAACUUGCUAAAUUUGAAGAAAUGGAGGAGCAGGUCAUACUGACAGAAAAAGACCUACUUGACGAUGGUUUUGGAGAUCAUCCAUUUUACCACUGCUUGGUUGCAGAAGUCCCAAAAGAACAGAGCUCAGAUGGGCACACUGUGAUUGCUUUUGCCAUGUACUACUUUACAUAUGACCCUUGGAUCGGGAAGCUCCUGUACUUGGAGGACUUUUACGUCAUGGAGGAGUUUCGAGGUCUUGGCAUUGGUUCGAAAAUCCUGCAGGUUCUCAGUGAGACAGCAGUGAAGACUCGGUGUAGCAGCAUGCACUUCAUUGUUGCAGAAAACAACACCAAGUCUAUUGACUUCUACAAGCGAAGAGGAGCCACUGACCUCUCCUUUGAGGAGGGCUGGCGGCUUUUUGCAAUUGAAAAGCAGGAGCUGUUGAAAAUGAAUGCAAAAUAGGAGUUUACAGUUGAUUGUCUUGACUUUCCCUGACUAUUGGUGAUAAUCCUGUUUUUUCUAUUGUUAUCAGUCUUCUGACAAACUUUGCUAAUAAACAGCUUUUCUUAAUUUCAGUUAAUCUAAAAUAAGAUUGGAAAUAAUUGCUAUAAGCCGAUGUUGAGUAAUUUUGUUUAUUUUUCUAGACCUUUAAAUGUAUAAUUCUUCAACAAUUAGGGAAGAAUUACAGGGAACAUAGGAAUAAAUCAUCAAACAACCUUGUUCAUGACAUAAAUAGGUGUUAAUCAGAAUACUGUUAAUUAAGAUAGAUUUUAAAUAUUAUGUAUGUAAUGGAACUACUUUUUAAUGUUUACAUUACUCCUGUAAAUAUAAGUAGGUCUAGUUUAGUCAAAUGUAAGAACAUUUUACCCACCAAGCAAGUUACCAAGCCAAAUUACCAACAGAGCUACUUAAAAAACGCAGAGUGGAGACCAUACAAUGUACAACAUGCAUGAUGAGUAAUAUAUUUUUGACUGGUUAUUUCUAUCCAACAAUGUAAUGUCUAGGAAUUUUUUAACCACCGUGUGCGCUAAUCUUUUGGUAUGUGAGCUUGCUCCCUCUUUCUGUCAGGCAUUGCAGAUUUACAUCAUUAUUUGUAUCUUUUUUGACCCAUUUGGGGGAAAACAGAAUUAAAACUGAUUGAGGAUUAGUGUCAAUGCCAAUGUACCAAUGAUAUGUGACAAUGUAGAGAUAAUGUUGAAGUAAUUAAAAGUAUUGAAAAUAUGUAAUUUGCUGUAUUAUUAUUAUCAUUAUGGAACACAUUACUAAUGUCAAAGGGUAUGUAGUCUGUAAUCUGCAAUAAAGUACAUUUUAAAGUAAUGUGGGAACAUUGGAAUAAUGAAUUUUGUAGUAACACCAUGUUGUAAGACAAUGCUAAGUGCGUAGAAUCAGUGAUGGAGUUGUUGUAUAGAUAUUUUUGUAUUGAGAAUGUUGCUCAAGCUAGAGGUAACAAAAAGCACUUGAAUUAUCUCGAGUAAAAGCGCUCAGUGUUUUGUUUAUUAUCAUACUGGAGCCAUACUAACUAACAUGGGUGUAGAACUGGCAUUAAUUCAAACCUUUUUACAUAUACUGUUAGCACUGUUGUAAAACACAUGUAUAGUGAGUUACAGUCACUGUGAAUGUAAUAUCAGUUUGAAAGGGUAAACAAAG